AUGCACAAUCCCUCAAACAUAAUUAAGACCGAAAAGGCUUUACUAACUCCUAGACCUGUACCAACCCAAUAAUAAACUAUAUUUAGAAUUUAAAAUCCAACAGAUGAAAAAAUUCAAUAAUUUUUAGGAAGAACUCAUCAUCAUCACAAUUCAUUUUAUGAGCCUGGAUAAAUGAUUUUCUCGUUUACUCUUUUAACAUUAGAGAAAAUUCUAAAGAAUGCACAUGUAGAAAUUUAAUAAAUUAAAUAUAAAGUUUUAAAGCUAAUUGGACAAGGCAGUUUUGGGUAAGUCUUUCUAUUAAAUAAAGAAAACUCUAAUUUAUAUUUUGCUCUUAAAGUUUAAAAGUAAAUGAAUGAAGAAGAAAAAAAAAUUCUUUCUGGGCUCAAAGGAAUAAAAUUUAAAAAUCUUGUAAACACUAUAGAAUGUUUGUGUAAUAGUUAAACUAAAGAAUAUUUUAUUUUGAUGGAAUAUUGCGAAAAAAGCUUAGAAGAUGUAAUUCAUCAAGAAAAAUUAAAUCAUCAAGAUGCUCGCUAUAUAAUUAAAUAAAUUGCAAAUGGUAUAAGGGAACUUCAUGAAAAGAAAAUAAUACACAGAGACUUAAAGCCAGAGAAUAUUCUAGUGUUCUCCUUUAUCGAUGGAGAAAACACCUAGAUAACUUACAAAAUAUGUGAUUUUGGAUUAUCUAGUACUAAAUAGAGUUCAUAAACCUAUAAAUGCGGUACAUCUCAUUAUAUGGCUCCAGAACAAAUUUAAGGUUUAUCUGAUAAGGCUAUAGGUUAUAAUGCUUCAGUGGAUAUUUGGGCACUAGGAGCAGUGAUUUAUGAACUAUUUUCUGGGGAGGUCUUAUUCAUGGGUAACAGUAACUAAGAAAUCUUUGACUUGAUAUUAAGUACUAAAUAAGAAAAAUUAGAGGAAAGAAUAAAAAAUAAGAUUGGCAAUUUAGAGCAUGUCAAUCUUGUUUUAUAAAUGAUGCAAAUCGAUCCAAACAAGAGAAUUACAAUUAAUGAAGCAAUAAAUAAGUUAACAAAAGGAGGAACCAAAAAGAUUAAUUAAAAUAAGUCACUCAAUGACAUUUAAGUUUAAUAAUUUCAACCCAAUAAAAGUGUGCAAGCUCUCCCAUAAUAACUCAUAACUGAGAUUCAGAAUUUUCAUGCAAAGAAAAUACAGGAAAUAUUAAAUUAAUAACCUAAUAUGAAAACAUAAAUUCAUAAAAAGCCUUAACUUCUUUGA